GCCCGGUCCGGCCCGCGGAUCCCUCCGCCGCGAAGGUGAAGCGACGGCAACGACCGGGCUCGUUUGCUCGAAAGUCGCUUUUUGCCUCUCUGCCCUCGGGAGCACUCGGUGGGAGACCUAUUUCUUUCUCGGGCUUCUCCAUCUCCCCCUCGAGGGAACCCGAACAAGGACCUUAGGCGGCCCGGCCGGCGGCUUGGCCUCGCGCGGACAGGGGACGGCCGCGGGUCCGGCAGUGUCCCUCCGCCGUCGGGCGGCCAGCACGGACUCUUUUUCGUAUCCUUCCACCGUUCCCGGGCGGCGUCCGGUGGCUCACCGGGGGCGGCGGCGCGUCUGCGGCUACGGGCGGCGGGGCUCGGGGCUAUGAGGUGAGGACGUCCGGGGGCCGGAGGCAGCACCGCGCGGCGCCAGGACCCAGGACGCGGAGCCCUGCAGCCGCCAGAUGCCUUUCGGGCCCCGCGCCCGUCUACGAGGCGGAGGAGAGAACACUGGAAUUAUUCUCUAAGCUAUUUGAAGAGAGUGACUAAAUGCACCUGAGUCAGGCUGUCUGUGGGUAUGAAGUGGUUGGGAGAAUCGAAGAACAUGGUGGUGAAUGGCAGGAGAAAUGGAAGCAAGUUGUCUAAUGACUAUCAGCAGAAUCCAUCAAAAUUACAGCACGUGGGAAAGGACACCCUGAAGACUGGCAAAAGUGCACUUGAGAGGAGGUCAAGCAGAUGUAAUGGUAAUUCGGGAUUCGAAGGACAGAGUCGAUAUGUACCAUCUUCUGGAAUGUCUGCCAAGGAACUUUGUGAAAAUGAUGACCUUGCGACCAGUUUGGUUCUUGAUCCCUAUUUAGGUUUUCAAACACACAAAAUGAAUACUAGCGCCUUUCCUUCGAGGAGCUCAAGGCAUUUUUCAAAAUCUGACAGUUUUCCUCACAACAACCCUGUGAGAUUUCGGCCUAUUAAAGGCAGACAGGAAGAACUAAAGGAAGUAAUUGAACGUUUUAAGAAAGAUGAGCACUUGGAGAAAGCCUUCAAAUGUUUGACUUCAGGCGAAUGGGCGCGGCACUAUUUUCUUAACAAGAACAAAAUGCAAGAGAAAUUAUUCAAGGAACAUGUAUUUAUUUACUUGCGAAUGUUUGCAACUGACAGUGGAUUUGAAAUACUACCUUGUAAUAGAUACUCAUCAGAACAAAAUGGAGCCAAAAUAGUUGCAACAAAAGAAUGGAAACGAAAUGACAAAAUAGAAUUACUGGUGGGUUGUAUUGCCGAACUUUCAGAAAUUGAGGAGAACAUGCUUCUUAGACAUGGAGAAAACGACUUCAGUGUCAUGUAUUCCACAAGGAAAAACUGUGCUCAACUCUGGCUUGGUCCUGCUGCGUUUAUAAAUCAUGAUUGCAGACCUAACUGUAAGUUUGUGUCAACUGGUCGAGAUACAGCAUGUGUGAAGGCUUUGAGAGAUAUUGAACCUGGAGAAGAAAUUUCUUGCUAUUACGGAGAUGGAUUCUUUGGAGAAAAUAAUGAGUUCUGCGAGUGUUACACUUGUGAAAGACGAGGAACUGGUGCUUUCAAAUCCAGAGUGGGACUGCCUGCGCCUGCUCCUGUUAUCAAUAGCAAAUAUGGACUCAGAGAAACUGAUAAACGUUUAAAUAGGCUUAAAAAGUUAGGUGACAACAGCAAAAAUUCAGACAGUCAAUCUGUCAGCUCUAACACUGAUGCAGAUACCACUCAGGAAAAAAACAAUGCAACUUCUAACCGAAAAUCUUCAGUCGGUGUGAAAAAGAACAGCAAGAGCAGAACAUUAACAAGGCAGUCUAUGUCAAGAAUCCCAGCUUCUUCCAACUCUACCUCAUCUAAACUAACUCAUAUAAAUAAUUCCAGGGUACCAAAGAAACUGAAAAAGCCUGCAAAGCCUUUACUUUCAAAGAUAAAAUUAAGAAAUCAUUGCAAACGGCUGGAGCAAAAGAAUGCUUCAAGAAAACUUGAAAUGGGAAACUUAGUACUCAAAGAGCCUAAAGUAGUUCUGUAUAAAAAUUUGCCCAUUAAAAAAGAUGCAGAGCCGGAGGGACCAGUACAAGUUGCAGUUGCUAGUGGGUGCUUAACUAGACAUGCAGCGAGAGAACACAAACAGAAUUCUGUGAAAGGUGCUCAUUUACCUGGUGAGGGCUCACCCUGCACAUACACAACCAGGCGGUCGGUGAGGACAAGAAUGAAUUUGAAGGAGGCCUCCGACAUCAAGCUUGAACCAAAUGCAUUGGAUGGCUAUAAAAACAGCCUGAUGGAACCUUGCUCAGACAGUGGCCAGCACCCAGCUCCUCUGGGGCCAGAAGAAUUGGCUCAUGAAGCUGCACAAAAUGGGGAAGCAAGGUGUCAUAAGAGUGACACUGGCUUGUCAAGGAAGAAAUCACGACAGGGAAAACUUGUGAAACAGUUUGCAAAGAUGGAGGAGUCCGUUCUUGUGCAUGGGUCCCCUGGGAGAGAUGGCAUGCUGCCAGAUUUGGCAGGCUCACGUUCGGAGCAGGGCGAGCACAGUGGCAUGGGGGGCCUGCCUGGGGGCUACACAGACUGCGCCCCUUCGCCUGUUGGCUGUUCACUUGUGACAUCUGAUAGCUUCAAAACAAAAGAUAACUUCAGAACUGCAAAAAGUAAAAAGAAAAGGCGGAUCACAAGAUAUGAUGCGCAGUUAAUCCUGGAGAAUAACUCGGGGAUUCCCAAAUUGACUCUCCGUAGACGUCACGAUAGCAGCAGCAAGACAAAUGAGCAAGAGAAUGAUGGAAUGAAUUCUUCAAAAAUAAGCAUCAAGCUAAGUAAAGACCAUGAAAAUGAUAGUAAUCUCUAUGUAGCAAAGCUUAAUAAUGGAUUUAACUCAGGACCAGGCAGUAGUUCUACAAAAUUAAAAAUCCAGCUAAAGCGGGACGAGGAAACUAGGGGGUCAUACGCAGAGGGUCUUCAUGAAAACGGGGUGUGCUGCAGUGACGCCCUCUCUCUCCUGGAGUCUCAGAUGGAAGUGGAUGACUAUAGUCAGUAUGAGGAGGAAAGCACAGGUGACGACGACUCCUCGGGGGCCGAGGGAGAGGAGGAGGACUAUGACGAUGACUUCGAGGACGAUUUCAUCCCCCUUCCUCCAGCCAAGCGACUGAGGCUCAUAGUAGGGAAAGACUCUAUAGACAUUGACAUUUCUUCCAGGAGAAGAGAAGAUCAGUCUUUGAGGCUUAAUGCAUGAGCUCUUGGUCUGAAUUUGACCCGGGAUAACUUCUUUAAAGAAAUAAAUUCCAGUCAAUUAUUCCUCAACCGAAACAUUUUAGUGGCAGCAUCUACUAUUGUCUCUUCACUUAUCAGCAUAAUAGUGUAGAAAGUGUACAGCAUACUGACUCUUCUUAAGUCCGAUUUGUGCAAAUUUUUAUUGUACUUUUUAAAUAGCAUUCUUACGUGCAAUUCUGAAUUAGAGGUAAAGUCCUGUUGUAAAAUAAAGGCUCAAGAAAAAUUGUACAGUGCUAGCAACUCUUCACACAGGACAAUGAGAACAAUAAUGUGGCUACACAAUUCUUUUUAACUUCAAGAGCAUCAACUGGCUCUUUAAUAUAUGACUAAACAAUAAUUUAAAACAAAUCAUAGUAGCAGCAUAUUAAGGUUUUCUAGUAUAUGCUAAUAUCACCAGCAAUGAUCUAUGGCUUUUUGAUUUCUUUGCUAGAUGUUUCCUCCUUGGAGUUUUGUCAGUUUCACACUGUUUGCUGGCCCAAAUGUACUGUUUGUGGCCUUCGUUACAGUAGCAAGCCAUUGGUGGGAGUCAAAUUGGUUUCUUUAAAAAAAAAAAAAAAA